AAACAAGGAAACCUAACAAUAACUUUGUUUAUUGUUUCCCGCUGCUAUUGUCGGAAGCGUUUCUUCAUGCGAGAAAAUUUGAUUGUUUUCUUCAGAUUGCUCUGAGCUUUAAUUAAUAUAAAAUGUAUACGAUGUAUUUAAUGACAAUUAUCAUCAUUACGAUGACAAUAAUUUCUGUCGUUUGUUGUCAAGAGAUUAACGAGAAAUCUCAAAUUAUCCACAGUCACACGACAAUUUGGAAUCCCUAUCGAAAGAAGACUCUUCACCAUCAGAAUAAACACUUUCGAAAGACGGACUCCAGCCCACAACUUAAUAAUAGACUUUAUUUACGACAAGUAAAACAUUUCUUACGUAAUUCCAAAACUAGACAAGAGAACUUCAUAAAGACAGACAGAAGCAUACGGGAGGAAAUGAAAUAUUUUAAUGUUUAUCUUGCUUUGAUCUUUGUUUGCAGUCUUCUGACGGUCUUGAUAUGCGCAAUUCUCUUCUAUUUUAUUUUCUAUCGUAAAAGAAAUUCAAUUAGCAAAGAGAAUAGACGUGACAUAGAAGAGGAAACUGUACGUUUAUUGAGUCAAUACGAAGAAGAAAUUGGCAAUGAUAACAAUAUGCGAAAAUUCAAUACAUCUGCACACGACUCUUCCGAAAAUUCAGGCCAAAUCACACCAAUUACAAAUUUAAUAGAAAAUUCAAUAAUUGUGGAAGAUCCCGAAGUAACGAUUUCCAGCCAUUCAUGGACGGAAAAUCAAAACGCCGAUUCCAAUAAGAAUCAUGUUUCUCAGUCAACAGAAAACACCGAACGACUUAUAAAUGAUAUAGAAUCAAAAUUAAGAGAGAUGGAGAAUUUGUUGAAUCACUUAAAGAACCAAAUAAAAAUCACUUCAUCUAUCAAUCAGGAAAUGAAUGUAUCCGAUCAAUCUUUGCGUUCUGCACAUAAUGCUGAACAAGAUGAACACGGUGUGCAAGAUGAAAAUUUACGAGAUAGCUCUAAUUCAUUAACAUCAGAAAUAGUUAAUCUUCCAGGAGCUGACGAUUCUUGCAAGAAAAAUUUCCAAGAACAAAUCGCAAAUUAUUACAGUGAAGACGAAAGUCAUGCCAUGGAAAUCGCAUCUACAACAGAACUUUGUCGCAUUCUGAACCAAGUUGACGAAGAUAUUUCGUCCGAAUUCGAUUUCUAAGAAACACGGUCCAUCAGAAUCUUAUUGUAGAAGUAGUUCUAAAACCAGAAGAAAGGGAAUUUAAAUAAAAAUGUUUAAAUAUUCGACAUACCAAUCCUAGGAAAGUAAUAACGGCUCCAUUUACUGAAAAUAGCCCAACUUUGCUUCUGCACGAACUUCGCACAAAUACGAGACGUGUGAGGAAUUGUUUGCUGUAAUAUCGUUCUAAUCACACGAUAGUCACCUUGAAAACAAAUCAGGGCGACGUCAUACGAAGAAAUAAUAUAAAGAAAAGUCUGGUUUACGUUUGCAGAUACGUUGAGAGACUUUUAACUGAAUUGACAAUUUACCUUGAAUUCAUUCGCCAAAUUUUAUUAAUU